AUGGUACCAGCAUACAUCUAUCCUUCUCCCGGCAAUACUGCAUGGCAGACCCUCACUACCCAAGCAGCCCAAUUUCCAUACCGCCUGGUUACAAUCAUAAAUCCCAAUAAUGGUCCUGGUACUUCUGCAAUCUCAGACUACCAAAAUGCCAUCCAAGCUUUCAAGAAUGCCCAAGGUCUCUCACUCGGUUAUGUUCCCACAACAUAUGGCAACCGGGCAUAUGCAAAUGUUAUUUCUGAUGUUGAUAAAUACUAUAGCUUCUACCCCAAUAUCAGUGGCAUCUUUUUUGAUGAGGCAAACUCCAACAAUGGCUCCCAAGGUUAUUACCAGAACCUCUAUAGAUAUGUGAAAUCUAAGAGCUCAUGUAGCUUGGUGGUGAAUAAUCCUGGGACAGCAACACUGGAAUCUUAUCUAAUAUAUAAUGGGUCACGAGUGACUGAUGUGAUCUGUGUCUUUGAGGGUAACAAUACAGCACAAAGAGCUCUCACUUGGACUCAAGCUUCAUGGACCAAUAAAUAUGACCGAAGUAAUUUCCUUGCAGUGGCUUACAAUAUCAGUAGUGGGGUUUACCAGAGUGUUAUGGAUCAUGCUUACCAGCAAAACACUGGAUGGGUUUAUGUUACUGAUGAUGGUGGCAAUAAUCCUUAUGAUAAUAUUCCACCUUAUUUUGCAGACCAAGUAGCUUAUGCAAGUACUUAUUCGAAGAACCAGAAUUGUCCAUGGAAUAUUAUAUAA